UAACCUGCCGCAACGGAACGCCGGCCGUGCCGAAUGCCGAUAAUAUGCGGCGUUGCUUUUCUGUUCGUUCGCCGAUGCCGCCGUGUUGUGUCCCUUGAAAGGAGGAGUAGCCGAGUGGAAGGAAUCGCUUUCCCUGAUCAUCGCCAUGGAGCUUACCGACGACAAUUUAGUGACGCUGAGCGAAUAUCUGAAGCACACCCUCAACCCGGACGUGGACGUCAGAUGCACAGCCGAGAAGUUUCUGAAGUCGGUGGAGAUCAAUCAGAAUUAUCCUUUGCUGCUGCUCCACUUGGUGGACAAGUCUGAGAUCAACAUCACGAUUAGGAUCGCCGGCGCGGUCGCAUUUAAGAAUUAUGUUAAGCGCAACUGGAAAGUGGAGGAGGAUUCGGUGGAUCACAUACACGUCCAGGACAGAGACGCCGUCAAGAAGCUGAUUGUUAAUCUGAUGUUACACUCGCCGGAUUCGAUACAGAAGCAGCUGUCCGACGCAGUGUCCAUCAUCGGGAAGUACGACUUUCCGAACAAGUGGCCGGAGUUGAUCGAUCAGAUGGUAGAGAAGUUCAACACUGGCGACUUCCAUGUGAUCAACGGAGUCUUGCACACCGCGCAUUCCUUAUUUAAGAGAUAUAGAUACGAAUUCAAAAGCGAGAGCCUAUGGACAGAGAUAAAAUUUGUAUUAGAUAAGUUCGCCAAGCCUUUAACAGAUCUGUUUUUAGCUACAAUGAAUUUAACGCAAGUACACGCCAAUAAUACGGAAGCCUUGAAGGUUAUAUAUAAUUCCCUAGUUAUCUUGUGUAAAGUUUUCUACUCCCUGAACUUCCAAGAUUUGCCAGAAUUUUUUGAAGACAAUAUGGAAGCAUGGAUGAGAAACUUUCAUACUUUGUUGCAUGCUGAUGUUCCUUCCUUGAAGACUACGAACGAGGAAGAAGCAGGUGUAAUAGAGCAAUUGAAGUCACAAGUGUGUGAUAACGUUGGCCUAUACGCCCUAAAAUACGACGAGGAAUUCCAACCCUAUUUACCCUUAUUUGUUACGGCGGUGUGGAAUUUACUCACGUCCACAGGUCAAAAUCCCAAAUACGACGCUCUAGUAUCAAAUGCAUUGCAAUUCUUGGCUACGGUAGCCGACCGGGCGCAAUACAGACACUUGUUCGAAGAUCCGGCGACCCUCGGCAAUAUCUGCGAGAAAGUCAUUAUUCCUAACAUGGAAUUUAGAGAAUCGGACAAUGAAUUAUUCGUGGACAAUCCUGAGGAGUAUAUCAGACGAGAUAUCGAAGGCAGCGACGUGGACACCAGGAGACGCGCCGCGUGCGAUUUAGUCAAAGUGUUAUCUAAAUCCUUCGAAGAGAAGAUUAUGGACAUCUUCGGAGCGUAUAUACAGGUGAUGCUGCAAAAAUAUGCCGAGGAACCGUCGAAACAUUGGCGCAGUAAAGACGCUGCCAUUUAUCUCGUUACUAGCAGCGCGAGUAAAGCGAAGACGCAGAGACACGGAGUUACUCAGAGUAGCGAGCUUGUUCCUUUACCACAGUUCGCCGCGCAACACAUCGAGCCCGAGUUGACAAAAUCAGACGUAAAUGAGUUUCCAGUACUUAAAGCGGACGGAAUAAAAUUCGUAAUGACGUUCAGAUCGAUACUACCUCGUGAAAUGGUGGUAGGAAGUUUGCCGCAAUUAAUAAGACACCUAAGCGCCAGCAGCAUCGUCGUGCACACUUACGCCGCUUGCGCGAUUGAAAAGAUAUUCGCGAUGAGGGGCGCCGAUAAUUUGUCCUUAGUCAAAGGGGCCGAUAUAGCUCCACUAGCAGCGGAUUUAUUGAAAGGGCUUUUUUCAUGUAUGAGCAUUUCUGGUUCCGAGGAGAACGAAUACGUCAUGAAGGCUAUCAUGAGGAGCUUCGGUAUCCUGCAGGAGGUUGUGGUGCCGUUCCUGGCCGAUUUACUCCCGAAACUUACCGAGAAACUCGCGAUGGUAUCUCGGAAUCCAAGCCGGCCAAACUUUAAUCAUUAUCUCUUUGAAACCCUAAGUUUAUCCAUUAAAAUUGUUUGCAAAACGAAUCCCGAGGCAACAACAUCUUUUGAACAGGCGUUGUUUCCCAUCUUUCAAGGAAUUUUACAACAGGACAUACCGGAGUUUAUUCCUUAUGUUUUUCAAAUUCUCGCAUUGCUCUUGGAGCUACGGCCCAGUCAGGAUGUACCAGAACCGUACAUGGCUCUGUUCCCGUGCCUAUUAUCACCUGUACUGUUUGAACAUCAAGCCAACAUCCAUCCUUUAAUUCGUUUGUUGCAAGCGUUUAUUAGUCGUGGCCCGCAUCAGAUUGCGGCGCAGGAUAAAACGAGUGCGCUACUGGGAGUCUUUCAGAAGUUAAUUGCAUCGAAAGCGAAUGAUCACGAAGGAUUUUUAUUAAUACAAAGCAUUAUUGAAAACUUCGAUCCGAACAUUUUGGAACCGUAUAUGAAACAAAUUUUCGUACUCUUCUUCCAAAGGCUGUCGACGUCGAAGACAACGAAGUUUGUGAAAGGUCUAAUAGUAUUUUUUGCAUAUUACAUUGUUAGAUACAGAUCGUCGAGCUUGAUUACGAUUAUCGACCAAAUACAGCCGCAAAUGUUUGGAAUGGUGGUGGAGCGCGUGUUCAUAACCGACCUGCAAAAGAUAGCAGGCGAGGUCGAGCGAAAAGUUGUGGCUGUCGCAAUUUCGAACUUGCUAAUUGAUUGCCCCGCAAUGCUUGAAGCUCCGUACAACAUACACUAUUCUCGCUUGUUAGCCACUUUGGUCGAGUUCUUCGAACUACCGCAAGAUGAGACCUUGGAGGACGAUGCGUUUCCGGAACUUGAUGAUGCGGUUGGCUACCAAGUUGGUUACAGCCAACUCAUCUGUGCAAGAAAUCCUCGGAAAGACCCAUUGCAAAAUAUUGGCGAUAUACGUUUGCAUUUGGCGCAAGGCCUUGGAAGAUUAUCGCCGGGAUAUUUGCCAGGAUUGUUGAGCCAGUUACCCGAACCUAAUGCGAAUCACUUGAGAAAUUAUCUCCAACGAGCUGGUGUUACUGUUGCAUAAUACGAGCUAGAUGUUCGAAACAGACUGAAAAUCCAUUUGAUAGCUCGAAAAAUGAACAAUAUCGAACUUAACAAAUUGUAAUUAAAGAAGGAUCUUUUAUACGGUAAUUGUAAAAUUCGUGAAAUACAUUAUCGUAUUCCAUUUG